UUUUUUCCCCUUCUCAGUUUUCCGGCAUCGUUCGUUCUGUACGGUUUUCCCGAGCGCGAGACAUUUUCCACACACAUAAAAAACUCAACACACACAAAACGAUACGAACAAUAUUUCACAUAAUACACGAACAAUCGUGGUGAACGGACACGUACCGCUCGUGUACUCGCCGAUACGUCAUUGAAGCGCGCGAGCCACCGCCGUCACAUCAGUACAUAUUAAUAUUGUUUCCGUUUUCGCCACGCCGCCAGCCACUGCUAUGACGACACGGCAGCGAAACGAGCAGCGGCCGGAUGACGACGACGACGAUGACGGCGGCGGCGACGGUGACGAUGACGAUGCGGUUUCGCGGUCGCCGCCGCCACCACCGCCACCACCGCCACCACCGCUAUCACCAGAACCGCCACCACCGCCGCUGCCACCACCGUUGCUGCCGCCGCCACCACCGCCGGCGCCGCGAUCUCCGUCGUCACCGGCUCCACCGUCCCCGCCACCGACUGUACGACCGACACCGGAAGACUUGGCGGUCGGAGGGUCUGUCGCAUCCGCAGCCGUGGCCGCUGCGGCUGCCAAGUUGCGGCCGGCCGAGUCGCUGAUGCUGAGCCCGUCGCUGUACUACAAACGUCUGUUGGCCGCAAACGUGGCCGCCACUUUCGGCAAAGCCGUCAAGGCGCACCACCAACAGCAGCAGCACCACCAACAGCUGCAGCAGCAACAGUUACAAUUGCACCCCCACGUUCACCACGGUGUCGGUGGCCAUCACCACGUCACCGCGCUACACAACGCACACGGAUUGCAUUUGCAGGCGGCCGCGGGUCACCAUCACCAACAUCAACUCGUGGGCCAUCUCCAGCCGCAGCAGCAGCAGCAACCGUCAGCCGCAACCGCAUCCGCUGGUGAUAGAUCCGCUGGCGCCUGCACGUCCGGCGAUGACGACGAAGACGACGGCGAUGACGACGACGACGACGAUGACGACGAUGAUUGCGACGACGAGGACGACGACGCGGACAGCGGCGGACACCAUCACAAAAUCGGCGGCGUGGAGAAGGCGGCUUUCCUGUGGCCGUCGCCGGAGCAACAGGCACAGCAGCAGCAGCAACAACAGCAGCAGCAGCAACAGCAACAGCAGCAGCAACAGCAGCAACACCAACAACAGCAACAGCAGCAGCAGCAGCAGCAACAACAGCAGCAGAAUAACCUUGCCGCGGCCGUUGGUCAGACCUUGGGCCCCGGCGCCGGUAGCCUGAACAAUAACAAUAACAAUAGCAGCAACAACAACAACAACAACAACAACAACAGCAGCAGCCACCUGAACGGCAACAAGUGUGGCGUCGGCGGUGCCGGGUCGGUCGUCCACCCGCAACACCUACAGCAGCAAGGUGGCGCGGCCACCGGGGCGGGCGGCACCGGACUGGUGCACUGGAUGUCCAUGAUGGCCGAGCACAUGAACAACGCCGCGGCCACACAUCACCACCACCAUCACCCGCAUCACCAUCAUCACCCGGCCGAUCCGGCCAACGCCAUGCACUAUAUGUGGAACACGCCGGCCGUCGACGUGCAAUGCGGUGGACAUGGCAAAGAAGUGGACUAUAGUUGGACUAGACAGACAGCCAUGAAACAAGGCUAUGAGGCGAAAAUGAACAACAACGAUCACAUUCAACAGCUUUCAAAAGGUGGUAUGGAAGAUGGUUCUGGUAUGUACCAGCAGCACGGUGGUGGUACGCCGAGGUCGCAUAGUACGGCAAGUACGGCUAGCAGCAUCUCACCCACUGGUAACUCGGCGACGCCCAUGUUGAUCGUACCACACCCGAUAAAUGCCGCUAAAAUCACGGACGCACAUCACGUGGUCACUCAUCAAAAUGGUGGUGGCCGAAAAUAUACUUGCAAAAUGUGCCCAUCGGGUCGCGGUAGGAAGCGGGGCGUGAACAAAGGUAGAGACGGUCUCGGAUGGUCGAGUGUGGACCACGGAAACCCAGAGCAGAUAUUCGCAUCCAAGUCGGAAUUGCAAUUGCACUCGCAGCUGCACGUCAAAGACGUAAAACCAUACAAAUGCCAUCAGUGCAACAAAACAUUCGCCAACAGCUCGUACCUGAGCCAGCACACGCGCAUCCAUCUAGGCAUCAAACCGUACCGGUGCGACAUCUGCCAGCGGAGGUUCACACAGCUCAGCCACCUGCAGCAGCACAUACGCACGCAUACCGGCGACAAGCCAUACAAGUGCAGGCACCCGGGUUGCACCAAGGCGUUCUCGCAGCUCAGCAACCUGCAGUCGCAUUCCCGGUGCCACCAGACGGACAAGCCAUUCAAGUGUAACUCGUGCUAUAAGUGCUUCCAGGACGAGCAGUCGCUGCUCGAGCACAUACCCAAGCACAAGGAGUCUAAACACCUCAAGACGCACAUAUGCCAGUACUGUGGCAAGUCGUACACGCAGGAGACGUACCUGUCCAAGCACAUGCAGAAGCAUGCCGAGCGGAUGGACAAGCGGCCGCCGAUCAUCGGCAUACCGCGCGUGGCCCUGGAGAACGGCGCGUACUGGGGCAAGAUGUCGCCGGAUACAGCCAACAACCUGGUGGAGGCCAUCAACCAGCAACAGCAGCAGCAAGAGUGUAUGCAAGGAGGAGGCGGCGGCGGUUCUAACGGAGGCGGUGGCGUCGCAACCGCCGGUGACUUGAACGCCGGCGGACCGUCCAGCACCGCGGCGUCCGUGGCCGCCGACGAUCAGCCGUCCAACAGGCACGGCACCCACCUACCCCCCGCUCCGCCCGAGUACCUGUCGGACACGUCGUCCGUUCCCAAGACGAGCACGUCCGCGUUCACGCCCAUCCAGUCGUUCGGACUGCCGACGCACCCACCGCCGCCACCAUCGCACCACCCUCACCACCCGCACCAUCAGCAGCACCAUCAGCAGACCAUGUACAUGCCGUACAACCACUUGUCGUUCUCGGGCGCCAAGCAGCUGGGCGCGCACGGCCACCAACUGUCGCCGAUGGCCGGGCCCAUGGACAUGAAGCCGCCGUCCGUCGGGUCCAACGGGUUCCCCAACCAGCUGAUCUCGCUGCACCACAUACGCAACUACUCGCACCAGCCGAGUCCGUCGGCCAUAAUGUCCGAACACCUGUUGCACGGCAUGAAGGACAAGGUGCAGUAGUAGUGGGUGAUGAGCGGCGGGCAUCGUCGUACCCACUAUAAGUUUAUAUUAUAAUGUACCCACAUCGGCACGCCGCCGCGACCCGCUGGGCCGUACCGUGUGUCAAAAUAUCUGUAUUUAUGUAUAGUUUAAUAUUAUGCAGAAUGUCAUAAUAAUAUUAUCAUUAUUAUAUGUGUAUUGUAUCGGUACGCGGAAAACCGUAUUGAUAAUAAUAUUUAUGAAACGCCCG